AUGGCCAUGGACCACGAUUGCGACGAACUGCCCAAGGAAAAGGCCGCCCUGGCCACCUUCUUCCAGCUCUGCGCCGAGAAGAACCUCCUCGGUCGACCAGACGGUCUGCAGGACGACGAUGCGAACUUCGCCAUCAACGACGAGACCACGCUGCUUCGCUUCCUCCGAGCUCGCCGUCACGACCCAGCCGCCGCCCUCCAGCAAUACGUUGAGGCCACCCACUUCCGCAAGGACAAACAAACCCUCGCCAUCUACGACCGCAUCCGCGUCGCGGACUUUGAAGCCGCCCGCGGCGUAGUCAGUAUUUCCCCCCCAUCGUCACCACCUCGUCUAACCAGACAAUGUCCAAAGUACCCGCACUGGAUCGGCCGCCGCACCAAAAGCGGCCUGCCCGUCUGUUUCGCACACGUCGGCAACAUCACCAAGUCCAGCAUUCAGGGCUGGAAGGAUGUGCGGUAUCUCGAUCCGACGCCGUCAGACGACCCGUCGUCGUCCUCGGACGCAGAAAACCCCCCGCUCCGCAGCAUCGAUAUCCUCCAGCUGGCGGCGUUGAUGUUCGAUCACCUCACGCGCGUCGCGAUCCCACUCUGCGCAGCUGUCGACGACCGAAGAGAGAAAGAUACUCCGCUCACAGGCUCGGUCAUCCUCGCCGAUGCGUCGACGCUGACCAUGAUGCAGGGGUUUGAUCUGCGCGGGUUCGCGCGCGAUGUCAGCGGGCUGCUAUCGAUGUGUUAUCCGGAGAUUAUCGAUAAGAUUAUCAUCUGCCAUUGUCCCGCGUACAUGGGCGCGAUCUGGAAGAUCGUCAAAGGCUGGAUUGACCCCGUCACCGCGACGAAGCUGGUGUUCUUGACCUCGGGUGAGGUUUAUCCCAUGCUGUCGGAGAUUAUACAUGACGAGGACCUGCCGGUGCAGUUUGGUGGGAAGCUGGAGUUUGAGCAUGGGAUGUUGCCGGAUCUGGAUGAGAGUUUGCGGCGGGCGUUGGGGUGUGAUGGGCUUGUGCCGGGACCGCUGAAGUGCGUGCAUGAUGAGCAGGGGAGGGUGAAGAUUGUGGCUGUUGGGUGUGUGGAUGGGCAGGUGAGGAAUGAACAUGUUGCGACGCUGGAGUAG